AGCAAUUUUCCCACGUUAUAUACGCUGUUUGCUCCGUACCUCCGUUUGCAUUUGGCGCUGGUUAGUGGUUUGUGUUCUUACGACGAACCUCCUACUAUCUCAAGCCUCAACUUAGCAGAGAUGGGGGCAGGAAGGGAAACGCAAACAUUCUAUCUCAGCGGGACUCAAUCUCUGGCUCCGAAUUCACUUGUCAGUUCUGUAUGUGGCAGAAAUUUGAAAAAAGAUCAACUUGGUGGUGUAAUAUUUGGUUGCAAGACUGCUACCAUAAAAGAAUGUUUAUCUAAACAGCUCUUUGGCUUACCAGCUCAACACUUCUCUUAUGUGAAGAAUAUUGAACCUGGGCUGCCUCUCUUUCUGUUCAACUAUAGUGACAGGAAGCUUCAUGGAAUCUUUGAGGCGGCUAGCAAGGGGAAAAUGUCUAUAGACCCUUAUGGAUGGACUGCUAAUGGCUCAGAGAGAACACAGUAUCCUGCACAGGUGCAAGUUUGUAUCCGGCUUCAGUGCCAGCCACUGUCUGAAGAUACAUUCAGGAAAGUAAUUGCUGACAAUUACUACCAUGGCAAUCGCUUCUGGUUUGAGCUAGACCAUGGACAAGCUAGCAAGCUUAUUUCCUUGCUAGCAUCUUCAGCCAGGCCGGGUACUUAUAUACCACAGAAUACAAUGAAGUGGGGAACUGUAUCUCAAUCUCUUCCAUCGCAUGAAACUUCAGUUAAAGAUGAAGUAUUUGAAAAACAAACAUCAAAAGUAGAACAUUCUACUCAAUCAACUAGCAGAUAUCAUUCUCCUGGAGUUGCUUCUUCCUUGGAUGCUGAUAGGGAUAUCCAGCAGUUGGAUUAUCAUGGGGUAUCAAAGGAAGCAGAACAGGAUGAAAAAUCCCUUAUACUCAUGAGACUAAAAGAAUUGGCUUUGAAUCGUAAAAGUCAAAACAUUUCUUUGUCAGACAACGUGAAAGGCACUCCUGAUGUGAAUAACAUGAACUCUGCUGAGAAGGGUUGUCUAGAGGCAUCAACUGAUUUGGAGAAGGAAGAGUGUCCUAGUCCUCCAUUUGAGUAUCAUGACAUCAUAGCCCAGUUGAUGCAAGAGGUCAAAGAAUUGACAGCUUUCAAGGAAACACAAACUCAGAAGUGUCAUUAUCUAGAGCAGAAGCUGGUCAUGGCAGAAUUGGAAAUUCACCAUCUAAAAGACCGCUGUACAAUAUUAGAAUCUGCAUGUAAUCUUUCUCUGGAGCAUGAUGACAAGACAAUCAUUCAGCCUUCUGAUCAUCAGCAUUUAGACCUUAAAGAGUCAUUGUUUUUAAUAGGAGGCUAUGAUGGAGAAUCAUCCUUAGCAUCUAUGGAUUUGUAUUGUCCUUCCCUGAACGUGAUGAAAUCUCUGAGGCCCAUGAGCUCAGUUCGCUCCUAUGCUUCAGCUGUGCAGUUGAAUGGGGAGCUUUAUGUGUUUGGUGGUGGAAAUGGCUGUAUUUGGUAUGACACAGUCGAGUCAUACAGUCCAAUUAGUGACAAGUGGACCUCGUGCCCAUCUUUAAAUCAGAAGAAAGGAAGUCUCGCUGGAGCUGGUUUAAGCAACAAAAUAUUUGCCAUUGGUGGAGGCAAUGGAAUUGACUGUUAUUCAGAAGUUGAGAUGCUUGAUUUAGACAUAGGAAGAUGGAUCUAUGUUCGUUCAAUGCUAGAGAAGAGGUUUGCUCUUGCUGCAGUGGAAUCCAAUGGUGUUAUUUACGUCACUGGUGGAUUUGAUGGGAAUGACUAUUUGCAGUCUGCUGAAAGAUAUGACCCUAGGGAAUAUCAUUGGACCAAAAUAGCAAACAUGAAUGCAAAGCGGGGCUGCCACUCGUUGGUUGCCCUAAAUGAAAAGUUGUAUGCUCUAGGUGGCUUUGAUGGAGACGCAAUGGUUCCCACUGUUGAGGUUUUUGAUCCCCGACUUGAGACAUGGAUGAUGGUGGAGCCCAUGAAUCAUCCUAGGGGGUAUUCUGCUGCCACAGUUGUCAAUGAUUCAAUUUAUGUGAUUGGGGGAGUUAAAUUUGGUGAGAACAUCUUAGAUAAUGUUGAGAAUUAUAAGGAAGGUCAGGGAUGGCAAGAAAUUUGCAAAUCAGUCGUUGGCAAAAGGUGUUUCUUGUCAGCUAUUGCCCUGUAGUCAAUGAGGCACUCAAGGUUGUUCAGACUGUAUAGAGAAUGCACAUUACUAACAUGAUCUUUUUGAUGCUCUUGCUCUUCAUUAUUCAUCAGAGCGAUUGCUUUAUAUAUAUUGUUUGUAAGUUUCUGGAUAGGCCGAUAGGUGUAGAUUUUGCUUGACAUAAUGUCAUUGGGAUUUUACAAAGAAACUUUUAACUUAAUAUAAAGAGUAAGCUAGCAUUCGGGUA